AUGGGAGUGUCAGACUCUUACAGACUAAACCCGCCCGUUCGUGGUGUCCCGUCCGUUCCCCCGAAGUGUGGGAGAGCCAAGCAAGUGUGGGAAAUCCAAGCUUCGGCACGAAUGGGUCGGCUCGACCGGAGUGAUACCACGGCCUCACAGAAUAACGGCGUGAAACAACCACAGCGUUGUGUUUCACCGUGUGUCCAUGAGCGGCGCCGAUUGCUUACCAUAAGGCUGAUGAUGAUGUGCAUUCUACUGUUCACCAACAGAAUAUUUGAGGUGUGGGAGAGCCAUGCUUCGGCACGAAUAGGUCGGCUCGACCGGAGUGAUACCACGGCCUCACAGAAAACCGGCGUAGAACAACCACAGCGUUGUGUUUCGCCGUAUGUCCACAACGUUGUUAGUCCUUUGCUAGCAGCGUUACCUCCACAGCUUCAUUGCCUACCACCUUACUGCCACCAUCUGUCUCCUAGGAACACUACGCUACUCCCAUCCCCAACAACGGAAAUGGAAAUCCGGCGGCGCGGCGAAAAAAGACCGAUUCCACCUGAAUUAAAAGACGAGAAAUACUUCGAGAGAAGACGACGCAACAAUCAGGCUGCUAAGAAGUCCAGAGACGCGAGACGGAUUCGAGAAGACCAGAUAGCAUGGCGCGCCUGUCUUCUGGAGCAAGAGAAUGCAUCCCUUCGAGCUCAUGUAGCGGCUCUGAGACAAGAGACCCUGGCCCUUCGUUCUUUGCUAGCAGCCAGGGACGAGGCACCAGCACCUUCUUCCACCACUCCUGAUUAA